GAUCUCUGGAGGCAAAUGAAGUUUCCCUUUGCAGGACGUCCUGGCCGAACAAGUGAGAACAAGCCAUGCUGAGGUUUACGAGAGCGCGAACAGAUGUGAAGGACACGCACCAACCAAACAACGUGUCGCCAACACUUUGGCAUCUCAGGAAAAACACCACAAGAUCAAACGUGUCAUCACAGAUGAUUCUAGAGCAGGGGUCUGCAACCUGUGGCUCCUGAGGCACAUGUGGCAAUUCCUCUGUGGCUCUCAAAUAUCUGCAAAGUAAACUAGAAGCACCUGCGAAGGACGCGCAUGAGCGCUCUGCUCGGCCUCUCCUGACCUCCUGAUGGAAGCCCGAGGGAAGUACGAGUUCUCUGCAACGGCGGACGACGAGCUGAGCUUCAGGAAGGGCGACGUCCUGAAGAUUAUAAACUUCGAAGAGGAGUGGUGUAAGGCGGAGCUCAACGGACAGGAAGGCUACGUUCCGAAGAACUACCUGGAGAUCCAGCUUCCAGCGUGGUUUCAGGAGAACACCAGCCGCAGCGGCGCAGAGGAGAUCCUGAGGCACAGAGACGUGGGAGACUUUGUGAUCCGAGGCUGCCAGACUUCUCCAGGAGACUUCUCCAUCUCUGUCAAGCAUGAGAGCGACGUGCAGCACUUCAAAGUCAUGAGGGACAACAAGGGCCAGUACUUCCUGUGGUCGGAGAAGUUCAUGUCCCUGAACAAGCUGGUGGAGUUUUACAAAACCACGUCCAUCUCCAAGACCAGGAAGAUCUGCCUGAAGGACGGCAGCUCCAACAGCCGGAGCCCCGCCUCCGCACAGGUUAAAAGGGCAAGUUUGCCUGAACAGCGAAACCCAGCCGCCGCCGCCGUGGCGUCAUCGACGCGCAGAGCUUCAGAGCAGACGCCCAACCAGCUGAUGAAGAGGUCGGGUCUGGAGGAGCGAGCUCACACCAUCGGCCACACGGGCAGAAACAGCCCCGCCAGCAUGACGUACCCGCCACAGCGUGCUCAGCAGCAGGCGUCGGCGCCGAUGGUGAGGGCGCUGUACGACUUCACGGCUGAGGAGGCUGACGAGCUGGGUUUCUGCGUCGGGGACGUCAUCGAGGUGAUGGACCGCUCCGACCCGUCCUGGUGGAGGGGGAGGCUGCAGGGGAGAACCGGCUUGUUUCCUGCCAACUACACCGUGUUGCUGUGAGGAAACGCCCCGUGCGCGUUUGGGUUUGCACGUGCGCGGCCACCGGCGUGCUGAGGCGUCGGCCUGCUCUGCAGAGGACUGUCUGCAGGCUUUAGGAACUUGAAUCCACAGCUGCCUGCAGGAAGAGCUGUAGAUCCGAGGUGCAGGCAGGUAUUUAUUUUUGAUGAAUCCGCUCUUUCUGUUCGGUUUUCACUGCAGAAAUGACAGCAUUGUGUAUCUUCCUCUCAGCUUUCUGACUUGGAAAUAAACUUUUUUUUUAAACAAAUCUUCUUGUGUUUGGUGAGAAACCUUCUAUUAAACUUAGAGGAAAAACAGAUUAAUUCAGGAAAUCAAAAAGAACAAAAGGAUUAGUCUCUAGAGCUAAAUUUUAAAGAAAAGCAACAGGACAUUAACUUUCUAAAACUGGCAAAAUCUUAAUUGAAAGAGCACUGGGAAUGCUUGGAGUGACAGGGUCUGAAACUCAUCUAUUCCUCAGCUGUGGCUCUUUGGCUGUGAAGAAAAAUCCCAAAAGUUAGAAUAAAUUUAUUUGUUUAUUCUCUUUACGUGAAUUUUUGAAAAAAGUUUGUAGUUUUGGCUCCUUUUUUUUAAGUGAAUAAAAUUUUGUCAAUACUGUUAAGAUUCAAAUACCUGAGCAAAAUGAUGGUUUAAUCUGUUAAACUGAAUCUACUUAGGAAGUGGUUUAUCAUACGAGUAAACUUCUUAUCUUCUGCCGCUCAACAGCGUCCUGUUCCUGUUCGGAGACAAAUGUCUUAAAGGUUUGAAUUUCAUUUACAUGGAUGGAUUUUUCUACACCGUUGUCAUGUUCAUAUUCUGUAAUAAAAUGGGGAAAAAAUGUGAAAGUGGAGGAAAA